GAACAAUGUGCUGGCUGCAUUAUUAUAGCGCCAUCUUAGCUGACGUCCCCGCCUGUUUCCUGGCGUGUGCUCGUUGCCUCCGCCCGCAUCUCAGGUGGGAGGGACCAGAGGUGAGCAGUGUGUCAGAUAUCUGACCGAGCCUCAGUGAACCCGCAGAGUCUGUUAGCUGACACUAUGGCUCGCGUUGAAACCACCUCUAACAGGCCGUACCACCUGGUCAUCUUCGGAGCCUCCGGCUUCACGGGCCAGUUCGUGGUGGAGGAGGUGGCCCGGACCGUGUCCGAAGGUCCGAAAGGGACCCUGAAGUGGGCCGUAGCCGGCAGGAGCAAGCAGAAGCUGGAAAAUGUUCUGGAGCAGGCCGCCGGAGUCCUCAGUAAGCCUGAGCUGAGGUCAGAGGUGGACAUCAUCGUGGCAGAUGUAGGAGAACCAGACACCCUAGCAGCCAUGUGCAAACAGGCUGUCAUUGUUCUCAACUGUGUGGGACCAUACAGGUUUUAUGGUGAGCCAGUGGUGAAAGCCUGUGUGGAAAAUGGAGCCCACCAUAUUGACAUAAGUGGAGAGCCUCAGUUUCUGGAGGGCAUGGAGUUGAACUACAACAGCCAGGCAGCUGACAAUGGUGUGUACGUUAUAGGGAGCUGUGGAUUUGACUCCAUACCUGCAGACAUGGGAGUCCUCUACACCAGGGAACAGUUCAAGGGUACGCUGACUGCAGUGGAGAGCUUCCUGACUGUCAACACAGGACCUGAUGGUGGCUGUAUCCAUGAUGGCACUUGGCAGUCAGCCGUCUACGGUUUUGCUGACAGCGACAAGCUCCGGAGUCUCAGAAGGAAGUUUAAUCACAAACCUCUUCCUACUGUUGGCUCUAGGCUUAAACGCAGGGGAGCAUUGUUCUACAGUAAUGAGAUCCAGCAGUAUGCAUUGCCCUUCAUGGGCUCUGAUCCCUCUGUUGUGAAGAGAACUCAGCGCUUCCUGGUGGAGGAACAUGAGGCAACACCGACCCAAUAUGGAGCGUAUGCAGGAGUAGGAGGCAUUGGGAACAUCAUCAAGCUGAUGUUUGCUGGCAUGAUGUUCUGGUUCUUAGUCAAAUUCAGUUUUGGACGCAACCUGCUUAUCAAGCACCCAGAGUUCUUCUCCUUUGGAAUCUUCUCCAAGGCUGGACCAAGUAGGAAGCAGAUGGAGGGUUCAUCCUUCCAAUUUGCCUUUUAUGGAGAAGGCUACAAAGAGGGACAGGACCCCUCCCAGGGGAAACCUAACGGCAAGAUCAACACAAUGGUUCAGGGACCAGAGUGUGGAUAUGUGGCCACACCCAUUACCAUGGUCCAGGCUGCUCUAACAAUCCUGAACGAGCCCACAGCCUUGCCCAAGAAGGGAGGAAUAUAUACUCCAGGAGCUGCUUUUGCAAGAACCACACUGAUCGACCGCCUCAACAAACACGGCGUCAAGUUCAGCUGCAUAUAGGCUGCGCACUUUAAGAGCUGUCACUGUUUGGCUUUCAGAAACUUGCCAGUUUACCUUUGGCUUGAAUGUACUCUUAACCCAUGUUAGACAAAUAGCUCAACUCCAGCAGCGUUUCCAAGCCGCAGACGGUAACAAAGAAGUUGUGGUGCGUAAAUGGGUUUAAAUGUGGGGUCAGUCAUACUGGUGAAAGAUGGUUGAUUGUUGAGGUCAUGAAAUGAACAUGGUAUCUGACUAGUUUUUCUCCAGUAUGAAUGACUCUAACUUUAUUCUUGGUCUUCCACUAACAUAAUCAUCGCUGACGAAGAUUUGGUUGAAUUCAUGUUUUUUAAAACACAUCAGUUAUGUUGUUAUUAACCUGGUCUACCAGCCAUUGCCUAUUGUUGGGUUUUUUUUUGGCUCACGAGUGACACAACUCAUUUUCUGCACUGCUGCUUUUGUCCAUGUUGUUUAAAACACAUCAUCUUAUGUUCAUUUCUAGCUCUAUAUUUUUAUUCUGGGAUUCCACUAGAGAAGCUUUGCAUGACUUUAUUUAUACUGACUCUUUAUGCAGCCUCUCAGUUUCAUCCUCUGUCAAGAAACAAGAUGUUGUAGCUUCUGUCUCGUUAGCAGCUACUUUAGCAACAGUUGUGCAGCAUCUCCUCGAUAUUCCUGUCUUGUACCUUGCUAGCUCAGCAAUGGAAUAACCACUUGCUGUCAUGUUGUUAAUAAAGUUUAAACAACAACUAAAUAAGGUCAGCAGUACAGCUGAGGGCAGAGACUGUAUAGUUGUGACUUGACAACCACACAAGUCCUGAUGGCUCGUUUAAAGGCUCAUAUCUGAAUAUUGUGUGUAUUUCUCUGUGGAUUAAGAGUUUUGACAUUAGACCUGCUUAAAAUAAUAAUGAUUAAAAAAUGAAAUCUCGCUUUCUAUGGGACCUUUAAGUUUAUGUUAUGGGAGGUUUUUGUCGCUUCUAUGAACUGGAAUAGUUUAAUUCAAAGUAAUUUUGUUGUUCCCAGUCCAGACUUGUUUUCCACUUUUGAGUGGAGUUAUGUUUUUGGGUUUUGUUUUGGUGUGCUUUGCUUUCUAUGGGCAUCAUAAAUAAAUAAAAGCUAACUGCUCUUAA